AUCGAUGGGACAGUUCUUGAUAGUGGUAUCUACUAGUCUAGCAUCAUGAAGAUUUUUGUCUUUGCUCUCGUUCUCUGUGUCGGUCUGGCAGUGGGCGCCGACGUCGAUAGUGUCCCGGAAGUGCCAGCGGAUCUCGAGGUGCCGGCAGAUCUCGAGGUUCCCGAGCAACCGGAAGCUCCGAUCCAACCAGACUCCCCUGCGGAUAUUGCCGAGGAUCCUUCGGCACUUAGUGAGGACGAAGCACCCGAAGAACCUGCAGCCCCGGAACUCGACGAGGAACAAGAUGAGGAAGAAGCCGAUGAAGAGGAAGCCGAUGAGGAUGAAGAGGACCAGGCCGAAUCGGACGAAUCGGACGAGAACGACGAACUGGAAGAGGCACGAGCAGUUGUGGAGGAGCUGGAAGAGCGCCAGCAAGAGUUGGACUAUCUGAAGCGUUAUCUAGUUGGACGGCUCCAGGCCACCGCGAUUCGUCGUCCCUGGAUCCGGCGUCCUUGGAUUCGCCGUCCAAGAAUUCUGCCGCGUCUAGUGCUGUAGAUGCGAUCCAAAUUAACAAUACGAUAAAGCGGUAGAUCAAACCAACGUAAAACGUCGUGCAAUAAAAUUUCAAUCUGUAGUUCCCUGCAA